AUGGGAUUCAGACCAUGGAAAACCAAGACUGAUGGCUUGGCCUCCGAGGUCGCCGUCGGUCCUGAAUUAACAUCAUAUCCUGAUGGACUCGAUCAUAAAAACAUUGGUCCCAAUUCAACCGUCGAUGGACCAGAAAGUUCGAUGGGUGAUAGACCAGAGGAAGACGCUCAGCAUGGUGUUCAAGCGGUGGAAGCUGUGACUUUGGUUUGGACUAAGAGUCAAUUAUAUUUGGCAUACGCAUUUAUCUUCCUCGUCUUCUUCGUGAUUUCCUUGCAACAGCAGAUCCAGAACAAUCUAUCUUAUUACGUUACUUCUUCAUUCGCUCUUCUGCCUUUGACAGGUACCACUGGAAUUGUAUCAAGCAUUAUUGGAGGUGUCUUCAGACUUCCCAUUGCUAAGUUUAUUGAUUUGGUCGGUCGUGCCGAAGGAUUUGCUAUCAUGACUGUUUUCGCUACCAUAGGUCUUAUUAUGAUGGCCGCAUGCAGAAAUGUAGAAACUUAUGCUGCUGCCCAAGUUUUCUAUUGGUUAGGAUUCGAUGGUAUGAUGUAUGUCCUCGAUGUUUUCAUGGCCGAUACAUCAAGUUUGAAAAAUCGAGCUUUAGUUUUCGCUUUCUCAACUACUCCAUAUAUUGCAACAACAUGGAUUGGACCUCCUGCUGCGGAAUCUUUUCUCAAAACAAGUGGAUGGCCAUGGGGUUUUGGUACUUUUGCCAUCAUCACUCCUGUGAUCUGUAUCCCGAUUCUCACCCUUUUAUGGUGGAAUCAAGGCAAAGCUAAAAAGGCAGGCUUGAUUAAGAAAAUAGACAGUGGUCGUACAUGGGCUGAGAGCAUCAACUCCUACUUCUGGGAAUUUGACGUAAUCGGUCUCCUCCUCAUCUCCGCCGGCUUUGUUCUCUUCCUCCUCCCCUUCUCCCUCGCCUCAUAUCAAAAAGAAGGUUGGCACGCUUCCAUGAUCAUCGCAAUGCUCGUAAUCGGCAUAUGCUGCCUCAUCGCCUUUGGAUUCUACGAGCGCUACGCCGAUCGACAAUCCUUCAUUCCCUUUGCACUCCUCACCGACCACACCGUCAUAGGCGCAUGUUUAUGCUCCGCAUUCUUCUUCAUCUCCUUCUACUGCUGGGACUCCUACUUCUACAACUAUCUGCAAGCCGUGCAUGGACUCAGCGUCACGCACGCCGGCUACGUCACCAACAUAUAUUCCAUCGGCUCCUGUUUCUGGGCCGUGGUAAUAUCCUACGCCAUCCGCGUCACCGGUCGCUUCAAAUGGCUCGCUCUCUAUUUCGCCGUGCCCCUCCAAAUCCUAGGCGUAGGCCUCAUGAUUCAUUUCCGCCAACCAGAUCAACCCAUCGGAUACGUCAUCAUGUGUCAAAUCUUCAUCGCCUUUUCCGGCGGCACCAUAGUAAUUUGCGAACAAAUGGCCGUGAUGGCCGCCGCGCCCCAUAAAGGCGUGGCAUCCAUGCUCGCGCUAAUCGGACUCUUCACCUCUGUCGGCGGCGCCAUCGGCGUCGCCAUCUCCGGUGCAAUCUACACGAAUAAAUUCCCAGCAGCGCUUGCGCAAAGAAUUACAAACGAGACGUUAGCAAACGAACUAUAUGGAAGUUUGCCGGCGCAGCUGGCGUAUCCGAUGGGGAGUAUAGAACGAGAUGCGGUCAUGUAUGCGUAUGGAGAGAGUAUGAAGUGGUUGGCGGUUGCGGGGACGGUGUUCUUGAUUCCGUGUUUUGUGUUUGUGGCGAUGUGGAGGGAUUUUAGGGUGGAUGAGAUGAAGCAGGUUAAGGGGACCGUUGCUUAG